AUGACGUCCGCGGAACGGACCAAAUGUUAAAUGAAAUGGUGCAAUUUAUCAUGGUGCAGUUUAUAGUUUGGUGAGUGGGGGGCUUGGCUCAGUUGGCUGCCACUCCUAGGCGCAACAAAGUUAACACAAUUUUAAAAGGCUAAAGUAAACAUUCCCCUUGUUUUACGCAGACCGUGUGAACAAUUUGUCCUCACUGGCAUAGCAAACGUUAUUGAUUAGACAUUUCGAUUGUCUCUAACAACCCAAAACAUUUCCUGUGUCUGUCUUGUGUUGUAAUGUUUAGGCCCUGUGUUAUUUAAUGCGGGAUAUUGGAGCUCAAAUCUUGAAUGAUCCAUAAGAAUAACCAGACAGUAUUUAUAUAUAUAAACACACUACCGUUCAAAAGUUUGGGGUCACUUAGAAAUGUCCUUGUUUUCAAAAGAAAAGCAAUUUUUUUGUCCAUUAAAAUAACAUCAAAUUGAUCAGAAAUACAGUAUAGACAUUGUUAAUGUUGUAAAUGUCUAUUGUAGCUGGAAACGGCUGAUUUGUAAUGGAAUAUCUACAUAGGCGAACAGAGGCCCAUUAUCAGCAACUAUCAGUCCUGUGUUCCAAUGGCACGUUGUGUUUGCUAAUCCAAGUCUAUCAUUUUAAAAGGCUAAUUGAUCAUUAGAAAACCAUUUUGCAAUUAUGUUAGCACAGCUGAAAACUUUGUGUGGAUUUAAAGAAGCAAUAAAACUGUCCUUCUUGAGACUAGUUGAGUAUCUGGAGCAUCAGCAAUUGUGGGUUCGAUUACAGGCUCAAAAUGGCCAGAAACAAAUAACUUUCUUCUGAAACUCGUCAGUCUAUUCUUGUUCUGAGAAAUCGAACCAACAAUUGCUGAUGAACCAGAUACCCAACUAGUCUCAAGAAGGCCAGUUUUGUUGCUUAUUUAAUAAGCACAACAGUUUUCAGCUGUGCUAACAUAAUUGCAAAGGGGUUUUCUAAUGAUCAGUUGGCCUUUUAAAAUGAUAAACUUGGAUUAGCAAACACAACGUGCCAUUGGAACACAGGACUGAUGGUUGCUGAAUCAUGUAGUAACCAAAAAAGUGUUAAACAAAUCAAAAUAUAAUUUUUAUUUGAGAUUCUUCACUCUUGGCAUUCUCUCAACCAGGUUCACCUGGAAUGCUUUUCCAACAGUCUUGAAAGAGACUUGCUGAGCACUGCUUUUCCUUCACUCUGCGGUCCAACUCAUCCCAAACCAUCUCAAUUGGGUUGAGGUCAGGUGAUUGUGGAGGCCAGGUCAUCUGAUGCAGCACUCCAUCACUCUCCUUCUUGGUCAAAUGGCCCUUACACAGCCUGGAGGUGUGUUGGGUCAUUGUCCUGUUGAAAAACAAAUUAUAGUCCCACUAAGCGCAAACCAAAUGUGAUGGCGUAUCGCUGCAGAAUGCUGUGGUAGCCAUGCUGGUUAAGUGUGCCUUGAAUUCUAAAUAAAUCACUGACAGUGUCACCAGCAAAGCACCUCCACACCAUCAUACCUCCUCCUCCAUGCUUCACGGUGAGAAUCACACAUGUGGAGAUCAUCCGUUCACCUACUCUGCGUCUCAGAAAGACACGGCGGGUUGGAACCAAAAAUCUCAAAUUUGGACUCCUCAGACAAAAGGACAGAUUUCCACCGGUCUAAUGUCCGUUGCUCGUGUUUCUUGGCCCAAGCAAGUCUCUUCUUCUUAUUGGUGUCCUUUAGUAGUGGUUUAUUUGCAGCAAUUUGACCAUGAAGGCCUGAUUCACGCAGUUUCCUCUGAACAGUUGAUGUUGAUCUGUCUGUUACUUGAACUCUGUGAAGCAUUUAUUUGGGCUGCAAUUUCUGAGGCUGGUAACUCUAAUGAACUUAUCCUCUGCAGCAGAGGUAACUCUGGGUCUUCCAUUCCUGUGGCGGUCCUCAUGAGAGCCAGUUUCAUCAUAGCGCUUGAUCGUUUUUGCGACUGCACUUGAAGACACUUUCAAAGUUCUUGAAAUGUUCCGCAUUGACUGACUCAUGUCUUAAAGUAAUGAUGGACUGUCGUGUCUCUUUGCUUAUUUGAGCUGUUCUUGCCCUAAUAUGGACUUGGUCUUUUAUCAAAUAGGGCUAUCUUCUGUAUACCCCCCUACCUUUUCACAACACAUCUGAUUGGCUCAAACACAUUAAGAAGGAUAGAAAUUCCACAAAUAUACUUUUAAGAAGGCACACCUGUUAAUUGAAAUGCAUUCCAGGUGACUUCCUCAUGAAGCUGGUUGAGAGAAUGCCAAGAGUGUGCAAAGCUGUCAUCAAGGCAAAGGGUGGCUACUUUGAAGAAUCUCAAAUAAAAAAUGUAUUUGAUUUGUUUAACACUUUUUGGGUUACUACAUGAUUCCAUAUGUGUUAUUUCAUAGUUUUGAUGUAUUCCCUAUUAUUCUACAAUGUAGAAAAUAGUAAAAAUAAAGAAAAACCCUUGAAUGAGUAGGUGUCCAAACUUUUGACUGGCACUAUGUGUGUGUGUGUGUAUGUGUAUAUAUAUAUAUAUAUAUAAUAUCCAACCAACCACUCUAAAGCGGAACACAUUUUUCAUACAUACCCAUGCAGAGAUAUUUCUUGUUCAAACUUUUAAUUAAACUCUUAUCUUGUUAGCAGCUUUAGCAGUUAUCGAAUACUUUUGCUGUCAUGGGAAACCUGAGUAUCUUUUUUUAACACAAGCCAUGCCUUUCCCUCUAAUAUCACUAAUAUCCCCUUGUCCCUCAUGCUUUUUAGUGACACACUUUUUUAUUAAUAUGUCUUAGCAGAUGCUCCACUCUCCCAGUCCCCAUUUCCACUCAUGAUUAUACAUUAUAGUUUCUAAUGUAAACAAAUGAAAAUUCAACAAUGCUAUGGAAAUGGAAAUCCUCAAACUGAUAUCACACAUUGUCGAUCAACAGAUAGGCCAACUUCCAGCUAUCUUUUCAAAUACCUUCACCAGUUGAUGCUUGUUUACAUUGUCCUCGUGUUUGUCUCCGUUACCACACCCGUAGGAGGUAAAACCUGUCAAAAAUACUAUUUGUUUACACAGUUUUUUAACUUAAUGACAUUGUAUUGUGAUGGUAAUCUGUCUGCUUCUGUCUUCCCCAUGCUUGUUUACUUUCUCGUGUUGUGAUAUAGACUCAUCUAUGUACCUGCUUUGCUUCUCCUUGCAGCUGUUCAGGUGUCGAGGAUGAGGAAGAAGGCUCGGCACCACAGGGUCCCCGUGCCCCAGCGGCCGCCCUCCCCCAUCCGUCCGUCCCCCAACAAACAGACUCUGACCUACGCCCAGGCCCAGCGCAUGGUGGACAUGGAGAUUGACGGCCGGGUGCACCGGAUCAGCAUCUACGACAAGCUGGACGUGAUCGCGGAUGAUGACCCUACGGCCCAGGAGAUGAUGGAGUGCACCAGCAAUAAGGAGAACAUGGAGAAGCCUCAGCAGACGCCGAUGCGCUCCGUCCGGUUAAAAAACAGCCAGGAGAAGAGGAGUGCAGCUGCGGUCGCACAGAACCACACAACACAUGGAUCUACAGCAGCACAGGCAGCACCAGCACAGACACUUCCAGAGGCCAAGAUCCGGACUGUGGAGUAUAACCUUCCAGCUGUCCCCGGGAGGCCCCCAGUGUAUUAUAAGUAUGUGGAGAAGACGUCGGAGGAGCUGGAUGAGGAGGUGGAGUAUGAUAUGGAUGAGGAGGACUACGCUUGGCUGGAAGUAGUUAACGAUAAGAGGAGAAGUGAAGGCGUCAGUCAGGUAGGCCUUUUCUUUAUAAAUUACGCCUUUUCAGAAUUACAAAACUUCAUGGUGAGGCUGCUCCCCCGUAGCCUGGGUGCCAGUCAAUCCUUUUUGCCAUGUUUUUUUUUUACUGUGUAUUUAAAUACAUAUUCUAAGAUUUCUACUACUGUACAUUGCAUUUUAGUUACACUCUUUAUACACCACAUAUUUAUUUAUAUACUGGAUUCUUGACAUAGCUCACUCUGAGACACUCCGUGAACAAAACAUUAGGAACACCUGCUCUUUCCAGGACAUAGACUGACCAGGUGAAUCCAGGUGAAAGCUAUGAUCCCUUAUUAAUGUCACCUGUUAAAUCCAUUUCAAAUCAGUGUAGAUGAAGGGGAGGUGACCUGUUAAAGUAGGCUUUUUAAGCCUUGAGACAAUUGAGACAUGGAUUGUGUAUGUGUGCCAUUCAGAGGGUGAAUGGGGAAGACAGAAUAUUUAAGUGCCUUUGAACAGGGUAUUGUAGUAGGUGCCAGGCACACCGGUUUGAGUGUGACAAGAAUUGCAAUGCUGCUGGGUUUUUCACAAUCAACAAAUUCCUGUGUGUAUCAAGAAUGGUCCACCACCCGAAGGACAUCCAGCCAAAUUGACACAACUGUUGGAAACAUCCCUGUGGAACGCUUUCGACACCUUGUAGAGUCCAUGCCCCAAUGAAUUGAGGCUGUUCUGAUGGCAAAGGGGGGUGCAACUCAAUAUUAGAAAGGUGUUCCUAAUGUUUUGUACACUCAUCGUAUAGCUACUGCUGUACAUAUACUAAGAAUGAUAUCUUGUGUAAAUUUAAUCAGGUGUAAAUACGCAUAGAUUGCAUUUGGAUAACUGUUACAGUGGUAUUUGGGUUGUUAAUUGGAUUAAUUCUGGCAUUUCUAGUUGUUUUUUAUUAUGUAUUUAUAAUUUUUUUAUUAUUUGUGAACUUUGCCAUUAUACUGCAUUGUUAGGAGCUAGUAACAUAAGCUUUUCGCUGCAGCCGCUAUAACAUCUGUUAAACUGUGUACACGACUAAUAAACUUGGAUUUGAUUUCAGUCUGUUUCUACUCUUUUGCCAACUAGACAAGAGAGCAAAAACAGACUGACACUCAGGCUAGCUCCCCCCUCCCCCAAAGAAACAAAAACAAAUGGAUCACAGGCUAAGAAAACAAUACAACACAACAAUAGUCAACAAAGUAUAAUUAAUACUACAAUAAAUGUGCAACUGUUUACUGUUCUCCCUCCCACCACCAGGUGUCCUACAACGUGUUUGAGUUCCUGGUGGACCGCUUUGAGAAGGAGACCCAGAUGGAGAUGGAGAGCCAGGGCCAGGACAAGCUGACCAUAGACGAGGACGCAGUCUGCUGCAUUUGCAUGGACGGAGACGGCCAGGACAGCAACGUCAUCCUCUUCUGUGACAUGUGCAACCUGGCCGUGCACCAAGAGUGUUACGGCGUCCCUUACAUCCCAGAGGGACAGUGGCUGUGCCGGCACUGCCUCCAGUCGCCCACCCAGCCCGCAGGCUGCAUACUGUGUCCUAACAAAGGCGGAGCAGUGAAAAAGACUGACGAUGACCGCUGGGGUCACGUGGUGUGCGCCUUGUGGGUGCCGGAGGUAGGGUUUUCCAACACGGUCUUCAUCGAGCCCAUCGACGGAGUCGGCAACAUUCCGUCCGCCCGCUGGAAGCUCACCUGCUACCUCUGUAAGGAGAAGGGGGUGGGGGCCUGUAUCCAGUGUCACAAGGCUAACUGCUACACCGCCUUCCACGUCAGCUGUGCUCAGAAAGCCGGACUCUUUAUGAAGAUGGAACCCAUCAAGGAGGUAACGGAGACUGGCGAACCAACGUUUUCGGUGAAGAAGACGGCUUACUGCGGGGCUCACACCCCAAACAGCUCGGUCAAGAGACCCCUCACCAUCUACGAGGACGCCAAACCCCAAAAUGGAUUGUGUUCCCCUCUGAAAGGGGAGAACACUAGGGGCGCCAAUGCACUGGCGAAAGGCAGGAAGAGGAAGAGGAAGAAGGUAGAGCCAGAGGAAGAGGUCCCACCCGUGUCUGUGCCUAGCUUUCCUCCCCAAAGGUAGAUUCACUCACCAUUCAUCUAAGCGUAAUUUUCAUAAUUUGCAGAUGCCCAGACGUAUCAGUAAAUGUACAAUACACAACAUACAGUGCCGUGAAAGUAUUAGCUCCCUUUCUGAUUUUCUCUAUUUUCAUAUUUUUGACACUGAAUGCUAUUAGAUUUUCAACCAAAACCUAAUAUUAGAUGUAACAAAUAAUACAAAAUGUUCAUAAUUAUUUAAUUUAAAUAACAAAAUUAUGCAACACCCAAUGCCCCUGUGUGAAAAAAUAGUUGCCCUCUUACACACAAUAACUGGUUGUGCCACCUUUAGCUGCAAUGACUGCAACCAAACACUUCCUGUAGCUGUUGAUAUUAAUAUUAGAUUUUGGUUGAAGAUCUGAUAACAUUCAGUGUAAAAAAUAUGCAAAAACAGAGAAUCAGAAAGGGGGACAAACUCGCUGUUGGCUGGGCUCCCCACUUGUGCCAUCAAACCACUGCAACUUAUCCAGAACGCAGCAGACCAGCUGGUUUUCAACCUUCCCAAGUUCUCAUGUCACCCCGCUCCUCCGCACACUCCACUGGCUUCCAGUUGAAGCUUGCAUCCACUACAAGACAUUGGUGCUUACCUAUGGAACAGCAAAGAGGAACUGCCCCUCCCUACCUUCAGGCUAUGCUCAAACCCUAGACCCGAGCACUCUGUCCUGCCAACUCAGGUCUCUUGGCCCUCCCACCCCUACCGGAGGGCAGCUCCCGCUCAGCCCAGUCCAAGCUCUUCUCUGUCCUGGCACCCCAAUGGCGGAACCAGCUUCCCCCUGAAGCUAGGACAGCAGAGGCCCUGCCCAUCUUCCGAAAACAUCUGAAACCCUACCUCUUCAAACAGUAUCUUAUAUAAUCCUCCUCCUCACCUUGACCCCUCCCUCCCCCCCAAAAAAUUGUAAGGGCUCCACGGUGCAAGCAUUUCACUCGCAUUCGUGAAUAAAAAUAGAGUUAGAAGUAAAGUAUGAGCACAUUUAUAGAAAAAUAAAUGCUGCUGUAUCUGCUGUUUCAUAGCUGGUAGCUAAUCACACAAAGAACUGCUAGCGAAGACCACAUUGGCUACUAGUCAGAUUCUCUAUCUCACAGGCACACUGGACUCAAGCAGUGUCCUCGUUGCCAUGGUAAACUCCCACCCUUUUUUUUUUUUUUGUCAUUUAGCAGACGCUCUUAUCCAGAGCGACUUACAGUUAGUGAAUACAUAUAUAUAUUUUUUAUACUUGCCCCCCGUGGGAAUUGAACCCACAACCCUGGCGUUGCAAACGCAAUGCUCUAUCAACUGAGCUACAUCCCUGCCGGCCAUUCCCUCCACGACGCUGGGCCAAUUGUGCGCUGCCCCAUGGGUCUCCCGGUCGCGGCCGGCUGCGACAGAGCCUGGAUUCGAACCAGGAUCUCUAGUGGCACAGUUUGCACUGCGAUGCAGUGCCUUAGACCACUGCGCCACUCAGGGACAGCUGAACAUUUUUGUCUCAUCUGUGAUAUUUUGGUUAAAAGACUCCAGUCACAAAUAAUGAAAUAACAUUGAGCAAUAUACCACAUCACUUCUUACUAGUAAUACAUUUAUUGUGUUUAGAAACAUUACAAAGCAUGCUCAUCCGUCUUGUGGUGUAAUUAUGCACCCCAAAAAAUAUAUCUGGUAAGAAAGAUUUUUAAAUCUACCUGCCACAGUGGCUGGUGGACCAACAAGUUAGUUUCAGGCCCUGUUAAGCAAAAGAGAAGGUCAGGACAUAAAGUGAAAAAAUUGACAUUUUCCUUACUUCAAUAAGCAACAUUUAAAAAUCGUUCCUAUCUUCUCCAUCUGUUCCCAGGUUAAACACCAUCCUCAACCGGGUGUCUAUGCAGAAGAAGAAAGUGUUUGUGGAGCUGGCUCUAAACUACUGGACUCUAAAGAGACAGGCGAGGAACGGAGUACCCCUCAUCAGACGACUACAGUCCAGCCAACAGUCCCACCAGAAGACCCAUGCUGCACAGCCGGUCAGUCAGACUCUUGUCCCCCUGUUUCUGACACAAUUCUCGUCCCCUGGCUGGUACACUCCAUUCUCUCUCACACUCCUAUCAUUAUAACAUUCCACUCUCCUUAUUACCGUAGCAAUGUCAACGAGAACUGGCCAAAACUACCCAGAGGCAUAUGAUUGUUUAUAUAAAUGAGAGCUCCACUGUUGGAUUACAAUUCUACUGUUUUCUAACCCUAAUAUUGGUGAUAUUGUUUUUUAACUGUACAUGUCUGCGAUGUUUUCUAAAUCCUGAUGUGUGUGAUUCCCACCACAGAAGGAGAGUGAGGAGGUGAGCCGGGCUCUGAAGGAGCAGCUAAAGGAGUGGCAUCGUCUAAGACAUGACCUGGAGAGAGCCAGGCUAUUGCUGGAGCUCAUACGCAAGAGGGAGAAACUCAAGAGAGAAGAGGUAGGUUAGAUAACUGAAGCUGUCCCUGCAAGCCAACAAUACAUACAUAUACAGUACCAGUCAAAAGUUUGGACACCUACUCAUUCAAGGGUUUUUAUUUAAAUUUAAUGUUUUCUACAUAGUAGAAUAAUAGUGAAGACAUCAGAACUAUGAAGUAACACAUAUGGAAGCAUGUAGUAACCAGAAAAGUGUUAAACAAAUCAAAAUAUAUUUUACAUUUUAGAUUCUUCAAAGUAGCCACCCUUUGCCUUGAUGACAACUUUGCACACUCUUGGCAUUCUCUCAAGCUGCUUCAUGAGGAAUGCUUUUCCAACAGUCUUGAAGGAGUUCCCACAUAUGCUGAGCACUUGUGGCUGCUUUUCCUUCACUCUGCGGUCCAACUCAUCCCAAACCAUCUCAAUUGGGUUGAGGUCGGGUGAAUGUGGAGGCCAGGUCAUCUGAUGCAGCACUCCAUCACUCUCCUUGGUCAAAUAACCCUGGUCAAAUAGCCCUUACACAGCCUAGAGGUGUGAUUUGGGUCAUUGUCCUGUUGAAAAACAAAUUAUAGUCCCACUAAGCACAAACCAGAUGGGAUGGCGUAUCGCUGCAGAAUGCUGUGGUAGCCAUGCUGGUUAAGUGUGCCUUGAAUUCUAAAUUAAUCACUGACAGUGUCACCAGCAAAGCACACCCACACACCUCCUCCUCCAUGCUUCAUGGUGGGAACCACACAUGCGGAGAUCAUCCGUUCACCUACUCUGCAUCUCACAAAGAUAUGGCGGUUGGAACCAAACAUCUCAAAUUUGGACUCAUCAGACCAAAGGAGAGAUUUCCACCGAUCUAAUGUCCAUUGCUCGUGUUUCUUGGCCCAAGCAAGUCUCUUCUUCUUAUUGGUGUCCUUUAGUAGUGGUUUAUUUGCAGCAAUUCGACCAUGAAGGCCUGAUUCACGCAGUCUCCUUUGAACAGUUGAUGUUGAGAUGUUUCUGUUACAUGAACUCGGUGAAGCAUUUAUUUGGGCUGCAAUCUGAGGUGCAGUUAACUCUAAUGAACUUAUCCUCUGCAGCAGAGGUAACUCUGGGUCUUCCAUUCCUGUGGCGGUCCUCAUGAGAGCCAGUUUCAUCAUACAUAGGGUAGUGCGUACGGCCCAGUACAUCACUGGGGCCAAGCUUCCUGCCAUCCAGGACUUCUAUACCAGGCGGUAUCAGAGGAAGGCCCUCAAAAUUGUCAAAGACUCCAGCCACCCUAGUCAUAGACUGUUCUCUCUGCUACCACACGUCAAGCGGUACCGGAGUGCCAAGUCUAGGUCCAAAAGACUUCUCAACAGCUUCUACCCCCAAGCCAUAAGACUCCUGAACAGCUAAUCAUGGCUACCCAAACUAUUAGCACAGCCCCCCCACCCCCACCCCAUCUUUUUACGCUGCUGCUACUCUGUUAAUUAUUUAUGCAUAGUCACUUUAACUCUACCCACAUGUACAUAUUACCUCAACUAGCCGGUGCCCCCGCACAUUGACUCUGCACCGGUACCCCCCCUGUAUAUAUAGCCUCCCUACUGUUAUUUUAUUUUACUUCUGCUCUUUUUUUCUCAACACUUUUUUGUUGUUUUAUUUUACUUUUUUUUAUUAAGAAAUAAAUGCAUUGUUGGUUAAGGGCUGUAAGUAAGCAUUUCACUGUAAUGUCUACACUUGUUGUAUUCGGCGCAUGUGGCCAAUAAAAUUUGAUUUGAUUUGAUCAUAGCGCUUGAUGGUUUUUGCGACUGCACUUGAAGAAACUUUAAAAGUUCUUGAAAUUGUCCAUAUUGACUGACCUUCAUGUCUUAAAGUAAUGAUAGCUGUCGUUUCUCUUUGCUUAUUUGAGCUGUUCUUACAUAAUAUGGACUUGGUCUUUUACCAAAAAAGGCUAUCUUCUGUACACCACCCCAUACCUUGUCACAACACAACUGAUUAAGAAGGAAAGACAUUCCACAAAUGAACUUUUAAGAAGGUACACCUGUUAAUUGAAAUGCAUUCCAGGUGACUACCUCAUGAAGCUGGUUGAGAGAAUGCCAAGAGUGUGCAAAGCUGUCAUCAAGGCAAAGGGUGGCUAUUUGAAGAAUCUCAAAUAUAAAAUAUAUUUUGAUUCGUUUAACACUUUGUUGGUUACUACAUGAUUCCAUAUGUGUUAUUUCAUAGUUUCGAUGUCUUCACUAUUAUUCUACAAUGUAGAAAAUAGUAAAAAUAAAGAAAUCGUUGAAUGAGUAGGUGUGUCCAAACUUUUGACUGGUACUGUAGCUCACAAGCCAACUAUAAGACAAUUAGUAGUAUAGUAUAAAUUGGAGCUGUAGCCCCCUCAUCCUCUCUCUGUCUCAGUCUCUCUCCCUCCAUGGUUCAGCAGCCAUAUACAGUACAUGAUGAUGCUAAUGGUCCCCUGUGUGUCCUCAGAUGAAGCUGCAGCAGAGCCUGUUGGAGGUCCAGCUGACUCCCUUCAGUAUCCUGCUCAGGUCUGUGCUGGAACAGCUACAGGAGAGAGACCAGGCCAAGGUCUUUGCCCAUCCUGUCGACAUCAAAGAGGUAAGGCUUACUCACCAUGGCUAGGAGAACAGCUCUUACUAUAACAUGUGCGUACGGCCUGAGAUGAUGGAGAGUUGAGAUAUCCUUGUUGACGCGACUCGUGUGGUGCACAGCGAGGGAGAGGCGCUGGUCUGGACAGGAGUCUGUUUGAUAAUUAAUAUUCGGCCAGAAAUUGAUCAAGCUUUUAUUGGUUCUCUCAAAUGUUUUUUUCCCCCCUGGAGAGUUUAAACCUCUUGUUGUUUUGGAUUUAAAAAUCCAACAGUUAUAAUGGAAGGGGGCGGCGCUCAGGGGGGUGUGUGUGGCUGUACAUGUGGGUGUUUGAGGAAGAAGGACACAGAGGUGAACCAAGCAGUAUAAAGCACAGUCGCCUUCAUUAUCAACUUCAUUAACCCGAACAUCAAACAGCCUCUCCAGACUCUGAAGUCAGAAGUAUGGUGUCAGCCAGACUAGAGUUGAGAUGCUGCUUAUGCCCUUUCACGUUAUUCUUUUUUAAACUUUCAUGAUUCUGUUUUGUUUUCUUUACUAGAUUUAUAUCUACAUUCUUCAUUCUCCUCCUAGCAUAGCAUUUGGCCCAUCUCAUUUGGGCUGAUUUUAAAAUAAAAAAAUAUCAGACUGUGGAUUUUACAUCUACAUCUCAAUGCCUUGUAGGCGCCGACAAUCAGAUGUUUUUAUAUCUCUGUCUAUCAUUAAACCUGUAGGUGCCUGACUACCUUGACCACAUCAAGAACCCCAUGGACUUCUCCACUAUGAGGAAACGCAUUGACGACCAGGCCUACAGCAACCUGGACGACUUUGAGUCCGACUUCAACCUCAUCAUCUUCAACUGCAUGAAGUACAACAAUAAGGAUACCUUCUUCCACCGGGCGGCCGCCCGUCUCAGAGACCAGGGUGGUGCUUUGAUCAGGAAGACGCGGAGGGAUGUGGAGCGAAUCGGCUUCGAGAAGGACAGCGGGAUGCACCUGCCCGAACCGCCCAAGAUCGAAGCGCCUCCGCCGUUUUCCUGGGAGGAUGGUAAAGAGAGACUGAGAGGGCCGUAGAAGUAUUUGUAGAAAUAUAAUGGAUAAAUGAGUCAAUAUAGAAUACUGGAACGGACAGCAGUGUUUGCACAGAUCCACAUUUACAGUGAGGGAAAAAUGUAUUUGAUCCCCUGCUGAUUUUGUACGUUUGCCCACUGACAAAGACAUGAUCAGUCUAUAAUUUUAAUGGUAGGUUUAUUUGAACAGUGAGAGACAGAAUAACAAACAAGAAAAUCCAGAAAAACGCAUGUCAAAAAUGUUAUAAAUUGAUAUGCAUUUUAAUGAGGGAAAUAAGUAUUUGACCCCUCUGCAAAACAUGACUUAGUACUUGGUGGCAAAACCCUUGUUGGCAAACACAGAGGUCAGACGUUUCUUGUAGUUGGCCACCAGGUUUGCACACAUCUCAGGAGAGAUUUUGUCACACUCCUCUUUGCAGAUCUUCUCCAAGUCAUUAAGGUUUCGAGGCUGACGUUUGGCAGCUCUAACCUUCCGCUCCCUCCACAGAUUUUCUAUGGGAUUAAGGUCUGGAGACUGGCUAGGCCACUCCAGCUCCUUAAUGUGCUUCUUCUUGAGCCACUCCUUUGUUGCCUUGGCUGUGUGUUUUGGGUCAUUGUCAUGCUGGAAUACCCAUCCCCGAACAAAUUUCAAUGCCCUGGCUGAGGGAAGGAGGUUCUCACCCAAGAUUUGACGGUACAUGGCCCCGUCCAUCGUCCCUUUGAUGCGGUGAAGUUGUCCUGUCCCCUUAGCAGAACCCCCCCCCCCCAAAGCAUAAUGUUUCCACCUCCAUGUUUGACGUUGGGGAUGGUGUUCUUGGGGUGAUAGGCAGCAUUCCUCCUCCUCCAAACACGGCGAGUUGAGUUGAUGCCAAAGAGCUCCAUUUUGGUCUCAUCUGACUUCAACACUUUCACCCAGUUCUCCUCUGAAUCAUUCAGAUGUCCAUUGGCGAACUUCAGACAGGCCUGUAUAUGUGCUUUCUUGAGCAGGGGGACAUUGCGGGGCGCUGCAGGAUUUCAGUCCUUCACGGCGUAGUGUGUUACCAAUUGUUUUCUUGGUGACUAUGGUCCCAGCUGCCUUGAGAUCAUUGACAAGAUCCUCCCGUGUAGUUCUGGGCUGAUUCCUCACCGUUCUCAUGAUCAUUGCAACUCCACGAGGUGAGAUCUUGCAUGGAGCCCCAGGCCGAGGGAGAUUGACAGUUCUUUUUAUGUUUCUUCCAUUUGCGAAUAAUCGCACCAACUGUUGUCACCUUCUCACCAAGCUGCUUGGCGAUGGUCUUGUAGCCCAUUCCAGCCUUGUGUAGGUCUACAAUCUUGUCCCUGACAUCCUUGGAGAGCUCUUUGGUCUUGGCCAUGGUGGAGAGUUUGGAAUCUGAUUGAUUGAUUGCUUCUGUGGACAGGUGUCUUUUAUACAGGUAUCAAACUGUGAUUAGGAGCACUCCCUUUAAGAGUGUGCUCCUAAUCUCAGCUCGUUACCUGUAUAAAAGACACCUGGGAGCCAGAAAUCUUUCUGAUUGAGAGGGGGUCAAAUACUUAUUUCCCUCAUUAUAAUGCAAAUCAAUUUAUAUCAUUUUUGACAUGCGUUUUUCUGGAUUUUUUUGUUGUUAUUCUGUCUCUCACUGUUCAAAUAAACCUACCAUUAAAAUUAUAGAUGGAUCAUUUCUUUGUCAGUGGGCAAACGUACAAAAUCAGCAGGGGAUCAAAUACUUUUUUUCCCUCACUGUAUAAAGCAUAUUCCUGGUCUAAGAAGCACUAUCAAUUGACUCGCUCCUUUGAGCAUUUUUGUCUAGGAGUUUGAUUAAUCUGGAUCUUCAAUAUAAUUCUACUUACCUAGGCUACUCAUUGUUUAGUUAACAUCAAGCAAAUGUCUCCCAAUGACUGUGUUAUCUUGUUGUCAUUUCCCAGUGGACCGGUUAUUGGUCCCAGCCAACCGGCAGCACAUGCCUCUGGAGGAGCAGCUGAAAGAGCUGCUGGAGAAACUGGACCUGACGUUCUCCAUGAAGUCCAGCCCGUCACGCUCCAAACGCCUCAAACUGCUCAAGAAGAGCAUCAACGACGUGCGCAUCGAGAUGAGCCUCAGCCUGAGGAGGGCCUCCCACCACUCCCAUUCUCACUCCUCUUCCUCCCUCUGGUCCUCCCAUCCAGAAAGGAGUAAAGCUGGGGAGGCAGAGGGGGUGAAGACCAAUGGACAGAGCCCUGAUAACGAGGGUAGGUUUUUUCAAGUUGUUACUUUAUCUGCAUUGGAGAACCCAAUAUAUAAUAAUAAUAAUAAUAAUAUUAAUAAUUAAUAAUAAUUUAAUAUUUAUAGCGCUUUUCAUUACAUAGUUAUGUCAAAGCUCUAUGGAGGAAAAAAAUAACAUUAUAUACAAUACAAAUGUACAACAUAUAUUUAGAAUCAAGGCAGGUAAAAUAGCAAUAGUGGGCUAGGUGCUAAAUACAUUUUAGAUUGGCACUAAGACUGUUAAAAAGAAAGUCUGUAGAAGUGGGUCAGGGAGAGCAUUCCAUAGAGGCAAGGGAGCAGAAGGCUCGGUCCCCCAUAGUUCGGAGAUGUGUCUUGGGGACUUGAAGUAGUAGGGAGUGGCUUGAGCGGAGAGUCCGAGGUGGCUCGUUGAUUGAGAUGAGGUCGCUGAUGUAGGUGGUGCUCAAUCCAUUCAAGGCUUUAAAUACAAGCAUGACGAUUUUGAAGUCGAUCCUGUAGUUGAUCGGUAGCCAGUGGAGUUGGGCCAGGAUCGGGGUGAUUUGGUAUGACUUCUUGGUCCUGGUCAGGACCCUGGCAGCACUGUUCUGGAUUUCUUGGAGCCUCUGUAGUGAUAUCUAUGGCUUCUGGCAGGGUGGCUCUCUCUUCAGCAUGGCCAAGUCAGACAGUAGCUAGGUUUCCAUCUAAUUUGUGACUGAUUUUCAUGCAAAUAUUCUAAAAUCUGCAUAAAGAAAAUAUUCAAAUUUUCCACCAGUGUGUUUCCAUCAAACUGACGUUGUGGGGUGUGGGUGUGGGUGGGGGUGGGGGGGGGGGGAUGUGUGCGACGAUGUAGUGCACAUAAAAGGCACUUUUCAUGUACCGAAUAAAAAUCUAAAGUUCAAUGUGUUUCUAUCGCAUUUUAAAAUCGACUGAUGGUUUUGUCACAAACACUGUUGCGAUAUUAAGCAAACUUGUUUUGGCACAUGCUCUCUAAACAACAGUUAACUGAUAGUGUACAGGUUAGGUUAUAUAAUGAGAUAUGAAUAAGAGCAAUAUCAUUUUUGUUUGAUAAUUGGCAGCCAAGCAUCGAUCAUCAUGUCACCAGCAUUCAAAUAAAACCCUCGAUAUUUGUUGGAAAUUUGCAUCAGGCUCAUCAGCAUCCAGCAUCUGCCUAUGCUUUUCCACGUCGUAGUGGUAGUACAACAUAGCAUAUCAUCGGUUUAUAGUAUCAUCGGUUUAUUAUAUAAAUAUUUGCCAUAAAGGAGAGGGGUAGACCCUGUCAAAGAGGUGGUGCUUUAGGAGGGACUGAAAGAUGGUGAUGGACUCAGUCACGGAUGGCUGGAGGGAGUUCCAGAGCCUAGGAGCAACCCUGAAGCAGGCCUUUUCGCUGAAGCUCUCUAGUUUUGACCUGGGAUGGCAAGGUGGCCUGUUGUGGUGGAACAGAUUGCGCGUGUGGUUUGGUAGGGGAGAAGAAGGUCUGAGAGGUAAGAGGGGGCAGGGUGGUGAAGGGCUUUGUAGGUCAGAGGAAGGAUCUUGUAAUUAAUUUGUUGGGAGACAGGGAGCCAGUGGAGUUCACAGAGGACAUGGGUGAUGUGCUGCCAGGGCUUAGUGUGGGUGAGAAGUCGGGCUGCUGAGUUUUGAACCAUUUGGAGUUUAUGGAAGGCGCUUGAGUUGAUGCCGGAGAGUAGUGAGUUGCAGUAGUCAAGACUGGAGGGGAUGAAUGCAUGUAUGAGGGUUUCAGCAUCAGGACGGGAGAGGGAGGACCUGACUUUGGCCAAGCACUCGGAUAUCCCCAGUGACCUGGUGUCAGGAUGUCAUGUGCUUCUCAGUCCUUUGUUUUAUUGGCGGAAACUAGAUUUAAACUCAAGCUAGAUCAGGAUUUAACUGUAACCUCUAACCCCAAGUAAGUCAUGCUAUCAUACCAUAUAGUAUGCUUAGCCAUGCUAACCUGCUACUACGUAGUCUGGUGUUCAUGCUAGGUCAUAUACAUUUACAUUUACAUUUUAGUCAUUUAGCAGACGCUCUUAACCAGAGCGACUUACAGGAGCAAUUAGGGUUAAGUGCCUUGCUCAAGGGCAUAUUAACGUCAUUUAGCAGACGCUCUUAGCCAGAGCGACUCACAAAUUGGUGCGUUCACCCUAUAGCCAGUGGGAUAACCACUUUACAAUUUGGGGGGGGGGGGGGGUUAGAAGGAAUACUUUAGCCUAUCCCAGGUAUUCCUUAAAGAGGUGGGGUUUCAAAUGUCUCCGGAAGGUGGUGAGUGACUCCGCUGUCCUGGCGUCGUGAGGGAGCUUGUUCCACCAUUGGGGUGCCAGAGCAGCGAACAGUUUUGACUGGGCUGAGGGGGAGCUGUGCUUCCGCAGAGGAAGGGGAGCCAGCAGGCCAGAGGUGGAUGAACGCAUUGUCCUCGUUUGGGUGUAGGGACUGAUCAGAGCCUGAAGGUACAGGGGUGCCGUUCCCCUCACUGCUCCAAAGGCAAGCACCAUGGUCUUGUAGCGGAUGCGAGCUUCAAUUGGAAGCCAGUGGAGUGUGCGGAGGAGGGGGGGUGACGUGAGAGAACUUGGGAAGGUUGAACACCAGACGGGCUGCGGCAUUCUGGAUGAGUUGUAGGGGUUUAAUGGCACAGGCAGGGAGCCCAGCCAACAGCGAGUUGCAGUAGUCCAGACGGGAGAUGACAAGUGCCUGGACCAGGACCUGCGCCGCUUCCUGUGUAAGGCAGGGUCGCACUCUCCGAAUGUUGUAGAGCAUGAACCUGCAGGAGCGGGUCACCGCCUUGAUGUUGGCGGAGAACGACAGGGUGUUGUCCAGGGUCACGCCUAGGCUCUUCGCACUCUGGGAGGAGGACACAGCGGAGUUGUCUACCGUGAUGGCGAGAUCAUGGAACGGGCAGUCCUUCCCGGGGAGGAAGAGCAGCUCCGUCUUGCCAGGGUUCAGCUUGAGGUGGUGAUCCGUCAUCCAUACUGAUAUGUCUGCCAGACAUGCAGAGAUGCGAUUCGCCACCUGGUGAUCAGAAGGGGGAAAGGAGAAGAUUAGUUGUGUAUCGUCAGCGUAGCAAUGAUAGGAAAGGCCAUGUGAGGAUAUGACAGAGCCAAGUGACUUGGUGUAUAGGGAGAAAAGGAGAGGGCCCAAAACCGAUCCCUGGGGGACACCAGUGGUGAGAGCACGUGGUGCGGAGACAGCUUCCCGCCACGCCACUUGGUAGGAGCGACCGGUCAGGUAGGACGCAAUCCAGGAGUGAGCCGCGCCGGAGAUGCCCAUUUCGGAGAGGGUGGAGAGGAGGAUCUGAUGGUUCACAGUAUCAAAGGCAGCAGACAGAUCUAGAAGGACAAGAGCAGAGGAGAGAGAGUUAGCUUUAGCAGUGCGGAGAGUCUCUGUGACACAGAGAAGAGCAGUCUCAGUUGAAUGACCAGUCCUGAAACCUGAUUGGUUUGGAUCAAGAAGGUCAUUCUGAGAGAGAUAGCAAGAGAGUUGGCUAAAGACGGCACGCUCAAUAGUUUUGGAAAGAAAAGAAAGAAGGGAUACUGGUCUGUAGUUGUUGACAUCAGUGGGGUCGAGUGUUGGUUUUUUGAGAAGGGGAGUAACUCUCGCUCUCUUGAAGACGGAAGGGACAUGGCCAGCGGUCAAGGAUGAGUUGAUCAGCGAGGUGAGGUAGGGGAGAAGGUCACCGGAGAUGGUCUGGAGAAGGGAGGAGGGGAUGGGGUCAAGCGGGCAGGUUGUUGGGCGGCCUGCAGUCACAAGUCGCAGGAUCUUAUCUGGAGAGAGAGGGGAGAAAGAAGUCAAAGCAUAGGGUAGGGCAGUGUGAGCAGGACCAGCAGUGUCAUUAGGCUUAACAAACAAGGAUCGGAUGUCGUCAACCUUCUUUUCAAAGUGGUUGACGAAGUCAUCCACAGAGAGAGAGGAGGGGGGGAGGGGGGGGGGGAGGAUUCAGGAGGGAGGAAAAUGUGGCAAAGAGCUUCCUAGGGUUAGAGGCAGAUGCUUGGAAUUUAGAGUGGUAGAAGGUGGCCUUAGCAGCAGAAACAGAUGAAGAAAAUGUAGAGAGGAGGGAGUGAAAAGAUGCCAGGUCGGCAGGGAAUUUAGUUUUCUUCCAUUUCCGCUCCGCUGCCCGGAGCUCUGUUCUGUGAGCUCGCAAUGAGUCAUCAAGCCACGGAGCUGGAGGGGAGGACCGAGCCGGCCGGGAGGAUAGGGGACACAGAGAGUCAAAGGAUGCAGAAAGGGAGGAGAGGAGGGUUGAGGAGGCAGAAUCAGGAGAUUGGAGGGAGAAGGAUUGAGCAGAGGGAAGAGAUGAUAGGAUGGAAGAGGAGAGAGUAGUGGGAGAGAGAGAGCGAAGGUUGCGGCGGCGCAUUACCAUCUGUGUAGGGGCAGAGUGAGUAGUGUGGGAGGAGAGUGAGAGAGAAAAGGAAACAAAGUAGUGGUCGGAGACUUGGAGGGGAGUUGCAGUGAGAUUAGUAGAGGAGCAGCAUCUAGUGAAGAUGAGGUCAAGCGUAUUGCCUGCCUUGUGAGUAGGGGGGGACGGUGAGAGGGUGAGGUCAAAAGAGGAGAGGAGUGGAAAGAAGGAGGCAGAGAGAAAUGAGUCAAAUGUGGACAUAGGGAGGUUGAAAUCCCCCAAAACUGUGAGGGGUGAGCCAUCCUCAGGGAAGGAACUUAUCAAGGCGUCAAGCUCAUUGAUGAACUCUCCAAGGGAACCUGGAGGGCGAUAGAUGACAAGGAUAUUAAGCUUAAAUGGGCUAGUGACUGUGACAGCAUGGAAUUCAAAUGAGGAGAUAGACAGAUGGGUUAGGGGAAAAAUUGAGAAUGUCCACUUGGGAGAGAUGAGGAUUCCUGUACCACCACCCCUCUGACCAGAUGCUCUCGGGGUAUGCGAGAACACAUGGUCAGACGAGGAGAGAGCAGUAGGAGUAGCGGUGUUUUCAGUGGUGAUCCAUGUUUCCGUCAGCGCCAGGAAGUCGAGGGACUGGAGGUUGGCAUAGGCUGGGAUGAAGUCAGCUUUGUUGGCAGCAGAACGGCAGUUCCAGAGGCUGCCUGCGACCUGGAACUCCACGUGGGUGGUGCGUGCAGGGACCACCAAAUUGGAGAGGCAGCAGCCACGCGGUGUGGUGCGUUUGUGUAGCCUCCAGCCAGAGAAAAACACGUCCUCUCCCGUUCAGCUGCAUCAUUCAUGAUAUCCCUUGCCUCAGGACAUCCCUUUGCCUGGUUAAUGAGUGUGCCUGCUGAAGUGGGAUACUAUUGUAGUGGUCGGAGACUUGGAGGGGAGUUGCAGUGAGAUUAGUAGAGGAGCAGCAUCUAGUGAAGAUGAGGUCAAGCGUAUUGCCUGCCUUGUGAGUAGGGGGGGACGGUGAGAGGGUGAGGUCAAAAGAGGAGAGGAGUGGAAAGAAGGAGGCAGAGAGAAAUGAGUCAAAUGUGGACAUAGGGAGGUUGAAAUCCCCCAAAACUGUGAGGGGUGAGCCAUCCUCAGGGAAGGAACUUAUCAAGGCGUCAAGCUCAUUGAUGAACUCUCCAAGGGAACCUGGAGGGCGAUAGAUGACAAGGAUAUUACGCUUAAAUGGGCUAGUGACUGUGACAGCAUGGAAUUCAAAUGAGGAGAUAGACAGAUGGGUUAGGGGAAAAAUUGAGAAUGUCCACUUGGGAGAGAUGAGGAUUCCUGUACCACCACCCCUCUGACCAGAUGCUCUCGGGGUAUGCGAGAACACAUGGUCAGACGAGGAGAGAGCAGUAGGAGUAGCGGUGUUUUCAGUGGUGAUCCAUGUUUCCGUCAGCGCCAGGAAGUCGAGGGACUGGAGGUUGGCAUAGGCUGGGAUGAAGUCAGCUUUGUUGGCAGCAGAACGGCAGUUCCAGAGGCUGCCUGCGACCUGGAACUCCACGUGGGUGGUGCGUGCAGGGACCACCAAAUUGGAGAGGCAGCAGCCACGCGGUGUGGUGCGUUUGUGUAGCCUCCAGCCAGAGAAAAACACGUCCUCUCCCGUUCAGCUGCAUCAUAUGAUAUCCCUUGCCUCAGGACAUCCCUUUGCCUGGUUAAUGAGUGUGCCUGCUGAAGUGGGAUACUAUUGUAGUUAUACAUUAUAUCUGCGUGGCUUUCUCUUUAACAUGGUCAUGGUACAGUGGAGUUGAUAUGCUAAGAGCCUGAAUUGAUUCACAGUAAACCUACACUGACCUACACUUCUAGAAUGCAGAAUACUUUGCGUGCUGUAAUUUAAUAUAUUUUGCUGUCUCAUUGGUUAUUUAGCUAUGCAUUCUAGAAGGCAAGAUAAUUUGUAUUGAAGUCUUGUAAUUCUGAAAGGAAUAAGUCUUCACCCUGAGGAUGAUGUGCUUUAGGAAUGGUUCUGGUGUUUUUAUGCAAGAUAUACAGUACUUAUUUUCAUAUUACAUUGUGAUCUAUAUAAUGUUAUGCUUUCUAUGCGUUUUCUCACUGUAUUCUCUCCUAUUCUUCAACAGGGGACAAAUCAUUACCUCCCAAAUUGGAACCCUCUGACUCCCUACCUCCUCUCCUGCAUUUCGAGAGCAACUCAGAACCCCCUACCCUCAAACCCAUCCACCCCAACCCCACCCUGGACAGCAAGACCCACGGACAGGUCAAAUUUGACCAGGAGAAACCCAACAAUGCUUCCUCCACCACCCCCAAGACCCUUCUCAAUGGCCACACUGACUCCCAGAACCCCCUGCUUCUCUCGGAGGGGAAUGUGAGUGUGGUGGCCACCUCCACCAUAGCCCAACCCUCGGGGAUGACUGUCAACCGCCGCACUGCUGUGCUCUUCAGGAAGUCCAAGACCUCUAGCCCUGGGAAGAACCAGGGGGGCAGAGGAGGAGGCGAGGCCCAGACAGGGUGCCCUCAGCUGGGCACCAAGGCCUUCCUGUCGGUGAUGAUCCCCAGGCUGGAGACCCUCCUCCACCCCAGGACCAGGAAGAGGAGCCACAGUCCAAGCGGGGGGGACAGCGAAGGGGGCGGAGACGGGGAGGACGAGUCCCCUGUCAAACGCAUUGACACAGGUAAAUAGGGUUCUUCUCACUUGUCAGAAAAUAAAGUACUUAUCUUAAUGGGACUGUUAAAUAGAGCAUGAAUAAGUAGAAAAUGAUUUUCACAGACUUGUGAAUUAAGAGAUCAGGUUCCCCUGUCCAUGUAAUCUUAUUAAUUAUAAUCUGAAAGGCUAAACUGAUUCUAGAUCAGCACCCCUACUCUGAGACGCUUUAAGAAAAAAGGUCAAAAUGUUAAACAGUCUUGGUCAAAAGUUGAGAAUUACACCAGUAUUCGUCUUCACAAAGUUCGCUGCUUCAGUGUUAUGAGAUAUUUUUGUCAGAUGUUACUAUGGUAUACUGAAGUAUAAUUACAAGCAUUCCAUAAGUGUCAAAGGCUUUUAUUGACAAUUACAUUAAGUUUAUGCAAAGAGUCAAUAUUUGCAGUGUUGACCCUUCUUUUUCAAGACCUCUGCAAUCCGCCCUGGCAUGCUAUCAAUUAACUUCUGGGCCACAUCCUGACUGAUGGCAGCCCAUUCUUGCAUAAUCAAUGCUUGGAGUUUGUCAGAAUUUGUGGGUUUUUGUUUGUCCACCCGCCUCUUGAGGAUUGACCACAAGUUCUCAAUGGGAUUAAGGUCUGUGGAGUUUCCUGGCCAUGGACCCGAAAUUUCGAUGUUUUGUUCCCUGAGCCACUUAGUUAUCACUUUUGCCUUAUGGUAAGGUGCUCCAUCAUGCUGGAAAAUGCAUUGGUCGUCAACAAACUGUUAUUGGAUGGUUGGGAGAAGUUGCUCUCGAAGGAUGUGUUGGUACCAUUCUUUAUUCAUGGCUGUGUUCUUAGGCAAAAUUGUGAUUGAGCCCACUCCCUUGGCUGAGAAGCAACCCCACACAUGAAUGGUCUCAGGAUGCUUUACUGUUGGCAUGACACAGGACUGAUGGUAGCGCUCACCUUGUCUUCUCCGGACAAGGUGUUUUCCGGAUGCCCCAAACAAUCGGAAAGGGGAUUCAUCAGAGAAAAUGACUUUACCCCAGUCCUCAACAGUCCAAUCCCUGUACCUUUUGCAGAAUAUCAGUCUGUCCCUGAUGUUUUUCCUGGAGAGAAGUGGCUUCUUUGCUGCCCUUCUUGACACCAGGCCAUCCUCCAAAAGUCUUUGCCUCAUUGUGCGUGCAGAUGUACUCACACCUGCCUGCUGACAUUCCUGAGCAAGCUCUGCACUGGUGGUGCCCCAAUCCCGCAGCUGAAUCAACUUUAGGAGACGGUCCUGGCGCUUGUUGGACUUUCUUGGGCGCCUUGACGCCUUCUUCACAACAAUUGAACCUCUCUCCUUGAAGUUCUUGAUGAUCCGAUAAAUGGUUGAUUUAGGUGCAAUCUUACUAGCAGCAAUAUCCUUGCCUGUGAAGCCCUUUUUGUGCAAAGCAAUGAUGAUGGCAUGUGUUUCCUUGCAGGUAACCAUGGUUAACAGAGGAAGAACAAUGAUGUCAAGCACCACCCUCCUUUUAAAGCUUCCAGUCUGUUAUUCUAACUCAACACUCUCACCUGUGUUAACGAGAUAAUCACUGACAUGAUGGCAGCUGGUCCUUUUGUGGCAGGGCUGAAAUGCAGUGGACAUGUUUUUUUGGGGAUUAAGGUCAUUUUCAUGGCAAAGAGGGACUUUGCAAUUCAUCUGAUCACUUCAUGACAUUCUGGAGUAUAUGCAAAUUGCCAUCAUCAAAACUGAGGCAGCAGACUUUGUGAAAAUUAGUAUUUGUGUCAUUCUCAAAACCUUUGACCACGACUGUAGGUUUAUGCUAUAGUUGGUUUAUGUAUAGUACACUUACUGUACUGCUCUGUGUUUCUCGCCUCAGGCCUGUCUAAUGGUUUUGUGAUGGAGGCGGUAAUUGAUGAAGAGAAGGAGCUAGGUACCAGCAAGCCUCUAGAAACCAGGAGACGGUGUGCCUCAGAGUCCAGCAUGUCAUCUAGUGGUAGUCUGCUGGGCAGCACCAGGUAGGUACAUGCAUAUACCUCACAGCAGACCUGGGUUCAAAUAGAAUUAGUUGUCUUUCAAUUACUUAAACUGAGCUUAAUUGAGCCCGCCUGGCACAAUGGAACCACUAGAGUAGUCCCAACUGUAGAAACGCAGGCAGGCUCAAAUCAAACGCUCAAAGCAACAUAGGCUAGGCGUCUCUAGCUGCUGCACUUUUCACUGCUGAACAUGGUUGGUGGUACUUGGUAGUUCAACUAUGUAGUCUGGUAAUUUCUCUGUAGUGUGUCAUGUAGAAGGCAGUCUGACUCACAUACAGUGUGGAUGUCUUUUCCUGAUUUCAGCAGCACCCUCAGUCUUCCAACAUGUGGUAAGGGCAAACCGGCCCUGGUCCGAAGAAACACUGUGGAUGAUAAGAAUGAGCUCAUUGCCUCUAUAGAAACCGGGAACUUUGCCAGAGCUGCUAGGAUUGCUGCAGGUAAAUUGGCUGUGUUGAUGUUAAUCAUACAGGAAAGUGGAGAUUGCAGACGGAAAUGUGUUUGUAUGUAUUGUAUCAGAUGAGGUCUGGCUGAGAGUCAGAGGAGUAGAUGUACUGCUAUAGGGCCAGGAGUUUUGGGGCAGCUUUUGAGGCACUGUUCCUUUACCGGUAUUUCCAGCAUGAUCCACUAGGUUUGCUGCAGGUAGAAAAUCCUAGGAAAUGUUAUUUAAUUGACACAAACUGUCUCCAAUCAAUCAAUGUCUUGUUGUGUGUUUGGUGGGGGAUCGCCUAAGCCACGGGAAGCCAUUGACAGUCGCUGGAUCCAGGUUUGAGUCCCAGUCGGGGCUACCCCCCGAAUGUUCUACACUAUACUUCCAUGGUUGGUUAUUUUGACUCUCCCCUUUUGGUCCUCUGUAGCUCAAUUGGUAGAGCAUGGCGCUUGUAACGCCAGGGUAGUGGGUUCGAUCCCCGGGACCACCCAUAUGUAAAAAUGUAUGCACACAUGAUUGUAAGUCGCUUUGGAUAAAAGCGUCUGCUAAAUGGCAUAUUAUUAUUAUUACUGACCCUAAUUGACCCAUUUUUAGCUACAACUUCCAAGUCCGUUGGAGAGGAUCAGCUUGAGCAAAGUGAGGUGUAGAAUCACUGAUCUACAAAUAGUAUUCUCUGCAAAUAAUAGGUUUUGUGCGAUUUUAAUAUUUGCAGAGCUAUUCCUCCCCUGGCUUAGGCAAUCCCCCCUGCCAAACACACAACCAGACAUUGAUUGAUUGAUUGGAGACAGCUUGUGUCAAUUACAGAACAUUUCCAAGGAUUUCCUAACUGCAGCAACACUAGUGGACAAUGCUGGAAGUACCGGUAAAAUCACAGUACCUCAAAAUGUGCCCCAAAACUCCUGGCCCUAGCUUUAGGAUAUAACCAGAGCCCAGAGUUUUCCUGAGUAGUAUACUACGAUGCAAGCUAGAUAAACAUAAAUUAAAGCAAUUCUAUUCAUGAUUUACAGUCCAAAUUUUAUUAUUUUUGUAAUGUCAUGUCUUUCAGUGAGUUGUGACGUCUUUAACCUGUGUGUGUUGAUGCUGUCACUAUUAGCAUGGCUCUGGAAGUGUUUUGCUCUAUUUACAGUGAACCCCUCCUUAUUUGAUUGUUGUUAUUCCUGCUUCCAUAGAAGUUGGCAACAGCAAUAUUUGGAUGCCUGCUAGUGCUGCAACAGUUGUUCUGGAACCACUAAAGCUAGUUUGGGCAAAAUGUAGCGGAUACCCUUCCUAUCCUGCCUUGGUGAGUGACAGUGAGCAUGUGUAUGACACCUGACUAUCUCCUUCUCACUUCUCAGUGCUUGCUACCAGGGCCAACAACUAACUUUUUUGUCUACCAGCCACUCAGAUUUUUUUUAGGAGCCAACAUUCUUUUGUUGUUGCUUUAAUUACACCAAAAAACACAAAUCAAAAUGGAUGAGUAUGCUUAGCAAUGUUUCUAAAUCAAUGAAUGUAUUACUAAUAAGAAGUAAUGUGAGAUAUUGCUCAAUUUAAUAUUUUGUGACCCGAGUCUUUUAACCAAAAUAUCACAGAUGAGACAAAUGUUCAGCUUCCCCUUUUAAGCCUACCGUGGUAACGGGGCCGCUCAAGUCGUCACAUGUGCCCUAAGGCAUCAGCAUGCUCGGCUAGGCGAACCGAACGAGUGUGCUCGCAUACUCCCCUAAAAGACCUUCGCUUGAAAAACUAGAAAAAAGCAGCAAUCGUACUGUUUGUCCAUUUUGAGACGCCGUAGCCAGUAUACGCUUCCUCAAAAUAGUCAGAAUUAAUCUAAGAUUAGUCAAUAAAUCUGUCAUUAAUUUUGAAGUUUUGCAGAGAUCUUAGUUGCGCAAUUUUGCAUCUGACUAGGAUGUUUUGUGCAGUAUUUUUCAAGUGGAAACAUUUUGUCGCUUGUUGAAUGACUACAGGCACUUUAUUGAAGAACACCUACUGUUGACCAAUCGCAGACGAGGGGGCGUAGACUUCGGCUACCGACUUCGGCUACCGACUUCGGCUUGUCUUGUGAAAAUGUUUUGUGUGCUCGAACAUCUGAAAAAACCCUUGCCGAAGUCCAAAACAAACAAAAGUCACAAAAUGUCAUCAUAAUAUAUGCACAAACUAUUUCGGAUGGGAAGCAUGCGGAUGCCUUUAGUGGUGCACGACUCCAGAAUUUUAGGAGUCGACUCUGACUUCUGUGGUUGGAGUUGAAAGAGUCGACUCUUGCUCGACUCCCAAACAGACGCACACACACGUACACACCACCUCAUUAUUGCAGCGUCCUACUAGGAAGACUACGUUUGCGUUCUAGAGGACUGACAUGAACAUUGCUGCCCAUUUGUUCAUUAACUUAGCCUAUAAAAGUCAUAUUUUGUUUGAAUAUAGAAGGUGAUGUGUAGGAACUAGAAUAUUUCAGUGAUAUUUCUGCUGUGCGCAGCCUUGACGGAUCCCAUGUGAUGAUGCUGCGCAUCCUACGCUGAUAAGGACAUUCUUUGCCAUGUUAUAGCCCUAUUCGGACGGGUAUUACUAGAGACCUUGGUUAUGUAAUUAUUAUCCAAGCAUGUGCGUUAUUCCAGAGGAUGAUUCACACAGGAUUACUUUUCCCAACUGCCCCCUGUAAAUCUUUAUUUUUCCAAAUGUAAUUGACUCAUGACGGAAACCUGGAGGUUUUUGUUCUAGGUGUGAAGAUAUUUCAAUGUCAUGUCUAGACCAUAAUAGGCUACACUGAUAACUCAUGCUUGGCUGCCAAAUGUAUACAGUGACUUCAGAAAAUAUUCACAACCCUUGACUUUUUCCACAUUUGUUGUGUUAUUUUUUAUUUUUUUGAUGUUGCGCCGGAGGGGAUUGCUGCCGUUUUAUGGGCUCCUAACCAACCGUGCUUUUCUUUUUUCACAUUGUUUGUAACUUAUUUUGUACAUAAUGUUGCUGCUACCGUCUCUUAUGACCGAAAAGAGCUUCUGGACAUCAGAACAGUGAUUACUCACCUUGAACUGGACGAAUAAUUUUUCUUUAAUGAGUCGGACGAGAGGGAUUUGCUCCAGACACCCGGCACGGCCCUCAUCCCCUUCAUUCGCAGUAGAAAGAGACAGAGAUAUCGCGGAAGGAGAUCGGAGUGCCUGGUAAGGAGCCGGCGACGAGUGGCUAAUCUGCCUUUGCCAUCGGUACUAUUGGCCAACGUACAAUCUCUUGAUAAUAAAGUGGACGAACUACAAGCAUGUAUAUCCUACUAAUGGGACAUUAAAAACUGUAAUAUCUUAUGUUUCACCGAGUCGUGGCAGAACGACGACAUGAAUAACAUACAGCUGGCGGGUUAUACACUGUAUCGGCAGGAUAGAACAGCAGCUUCUGGUAAGACAAGGGGUGGCGGUCUAUGUAUAUUUGUAAACAACAGCACGAUUUCUAAGGAAGUCUCAAGGUUUUGCUCGCCUGAGGUAGAGUAUCUCAUGAUAAGCUCUAGACCACACUAUCUCCCACGAGUUUUCAUCUAUAUUCUUCGUAGCUGUCUAUUUACCACCACAAACCGAUGCUGGCACUAAGACCGCACUCAAUGAACUGUAUACGGCCAGAAGCAAACAGGAAAACGCUCAUCCAGAGGUGGUGCUCCUAGUGGCCGGUGACUUUAAUGCAGGGAAACUUAAAUCCGUUUUACCUCAUUUCUACCAGCAUGUUAAAUGUGCAACCAGAGGGAAAAAAACUCUAGACCACCUUUACUCCACACAGAGAUGUGUACAAAGCUCUCCCUCGCCCUCCAUUUGGCAAAUCUGACCAUAAUUAUAUCCUCCUGCUUACAAGCAAAAACUAAAGCAGGAAGCACCAGUGACUCGGUUAAUAAAAAAGUGGUCAGAUGAAGCAGAUGCUAAGCUACAGGACUGUUUUGCUAGCACAGACUGGAAUAUGUUCCGGGAUUCUUCCGAUGGCAUUGAGGAGUACACCACAUCAGUCACUGGCUUCAUCAAUAAGUGCAUCGAUGACGUUGUCCCCACAGUGACUGUACGUACAUACCCCAACCAGAAGCCAUGGAUUACAGGCAACAUCCGCACUGAGCUAAAGGGUAGAGCUGCCGCUUUCAAUGAGCGGGACUCUAACCCGGAAGCUUAUAAUAAAUCCCGCUAUGCCCUCCAAUGAACCAUCAAACAGGCAAAGCGUCAAUACAGGACUAAGAUGGAAUCAUACUACACCGGCUUCGACGCUCGUCGGAUGUGGCAGGGCUUGCAAACUAUUACAGACUACAAAAGGAAGCACAGCUGCGAGCUGCCCAGACAAGAGCCUACCAGAUGAGCUAAAUUACUUCUAUGCUCGCUUCGAGGCAAGUAACACUGAAACAUGCAUGAGAGCAUCAUCUGUUCCGUACGACUGUGUGAUCACGCUCUCCGUAGCCGAUGUGAGUAAGACCUUUUAAACAGGUCAACAUUCACAAGGCCUCAGGGCCAGACGGAUUACCAGGACGUGUACUCCGAGCAUGCGCUGACCAACUGGCAAGUGUCUUGACUGACAUUUUCAACCUCUCCCUGUCUGAGUCUGUAAUACCAACAUGUUUCAAGCAGACCACCAUAGUCCUUGUGCCCAAGAACACUAAGGUAACCUGCCUAAAUGACUACCUACCCGUAGCACUCACGCCUGUAGCCAUGAAGUGCUUUGAAAGGCUGGUCAUGGCUCACAUCAACACCAUUAUCCCAGAAACCCUAGACCCACUCCAAUUUGCAUACCGCCCCAGCAUAUCCACAGAUGAUGCAAUCUCUAUUGCGCUCCACACUGCCCUUUCACACCUGGACAAAAGGAGCACCUAUGUGAGAAUGCUAUUAAUUUACUACAGCUCAGUGUUAAACACCAUAGUGCCCUCAAAGCUCAUCACUAAGCUAAGGAUCCUGGGACUAAACACCUCCCUCUGCAACUGGAUCCUGGACUUCUUGACGGGCCUCCCCCAGGUGGUAAGGGUAGGUAACAACACAUCCACCACGCUGAUCCUCAACACGGGGGCCCCUCAGGGGUGCGUGCUCAGUCCCCUCCUGUACUCCCUGUUCACUCAUGACUGCAUGGCUAGGCACGACUCCAACAACAGUAUUACGUUUGCUGAUGACACAACAGUGGUAGGCCUGAACAACGACGAGACAUCCUAUAGGGAGGAGGUCAGAGACCUGGCCAUGUGGUGCCAGGACAACAACCUCUCCCUCAGCGUGAUCAAGACAAAGGAGAUGAUUGUGGACUACAGGAAAAAGAAGAGGACCAAGCACGCCCCCAUUCUCAUCGACAGGGCUGUAGUGGAGCAGGUUGAGAGCUUCAAGUUCCUUGGUGUCCACAUCACCCACAAACUAACAUGGUCCAAGCACACCAAGACAGUCGUGAAGAGGGCACAACAAAACCUAUUCCCCCUAAGGAGACUGAAAAGAUUUGGCAUGGGUCCUCAGAUCCUCAAAAGGUUUACAGCUGCACCAUCGAGAGCAUCCUGACUGGUUGCAUCACUGCCUGGUAUGGCAACUGCUCAGCCUCCGACCGCAAGGCACUACAGAGGGUAGUGCGUAUGGCCCAGUACAUCACUGGGGCCAAGCUUCCUGCCUUCCAGGACCUCUAUACCAGGCGGUGUCAGAGGAAGGCCCUAAAAAUUGUCAAAGACUCCAGCCACCUUAGUAAUAGACUGCUCUGAAAAUGGUUGUCUAGCAAUGAUCAACAACCAAAUUGACAGCUUUAAUAAUUUUUUUAACAAUAAUGGGCAAAUGUUGUACAAUCCAGGUGUGGAAAGCUCUUAGAGACUUACCCAGAAAGACUCAUUUGUAAUCGCUGCCAAAGGUGCUUCUACAAAGUAUUGACUCAGGGGUGUGAAUACUUACAUAAAUGAGAUUUAUCUAUUUCAUUGUCAAUAAAUUUGCAAACAUUUCUAAAAACAUGUUUUCACCUCGUCAGAAUGUUUUUAAAAAAUCCAUUUUGAAUUCAGGCUGUAACACAACAACAUGGAAAAAGUCAAGGGGUAUGAAUAUUUUCUGAAGGCAAUGUAGGUGUCCCCAUAAUAUUUAAAUUGAUUAAGUGUGAUCAUAAUCAUUAUUUUAGUGAUCCAUUGUAGGCGGCCUUCCUAAAAACAAUGCAAAUCCUGUUGAUUUGAGCUGCUGAACCGUAUUUGCAUUUGAGAUGCAUUUAUGGAUGAGAAAGUGAACUUGUCAUUUCCAGGUUUAGUGGGGAUGCCUUGCUUUGCGAUCUAUUGCCUAGGACAGGGCUCUCCAACCCUAUUCCUGGAGAGGUACUGUCCUGUAGGUGUUCACUCCAACCCUAAUCUAGCGCAUCUGAUUAGAUAAUUAGCUGGUUGAUAACCUGAAACAAGUUAGUUACAACUGGCUUUUGAUCGAAAACCUACAGGAAGGUAGCUCUCAAGGAACAGGGUUGGAGAGUCUUGACCUAGGACAUCAACAGCCAGCCAGGGUUUCAUUAAAUAAGCUAUAGGCACAAUACUUGUCAUUGCACAUUUAGGCCUAAUUAAACUGAUGCAUUUGGCGAUGUUCAACUUCAUUUCACAGCCACAAUGAAGAAUAGCUUAGUCAUAGUCAUUGAUAGACUAAUAUAUACUUUAUUGUACUUUUGGUGAAUUUACAAGGCAUUGCAAGACAAGACAUUGCGAUAUACAGAUUACCAAGAUAUAGCAUAUGCGCACGGUUCCGACAGUCUGCCUGCCCCGAUCCACUCUCUCCCUCACUGGCUCGCCUGCUCUUUCUCUUCGCUAUGAAAAACACUAGCGUGUGUUUGAUCUUCAGUCUGUUUUGUGUAGAAUAACUCAGUCUACUCAUUUAUUGCUCCUAUUAGUGAAUUUACGCAAGACAUUGCAAGCCAAGAAAUUGCAAGACACAGCAUUGCGAUAGCCUAUACAUCUUUUGAUUACCGAUGCACGAUUCUGACUGUCUGCCUGGUGGCCAACAUGCCUGGCUGUGCCCCUCUCGGAAGUAGACUACCGCAAAAUACUGAAUCUUAGGAGUCGAUUCCUAGCGGAAUCGAAGCUUGACACCCAGAAAUGGGAGUCGACGGGCAAGGAGUCGAGGAAUCGAUUCUAGUGUGCCUGUUUGAAUCUGACUAGUAGAGGCUGACUACGUCUCUUCGCUAGCAGUGGAAGCAAACUCACACAUUGAAAAACAAUCUAAUUUGUGAACAAAACAAUGUAAAUGUCUUAGAAACACGAGGAUAAAGUCUCACUGUAGUAGUUAGACCACCUUUUAUGCCUGUUCCCAUUGCUUCUAAAAACAAACCUAUUCAGCUCUUCACUCGCAGUGCACACAGCCCUCCAGCCAGGCAGUGUUGCUUCGCGAGGUGAGAUAGCUAAAAUGUUAGGAUUCCUAUUUCUUUGUGCAUUACCAGAUAUGAAACAAAACGGCAGAAAUACUUUGAAAACAGCUACUGCAGCAUUUAUUUUGCUAUAAAUCACUACUCGCACAUGUGCCCAUACUUGACUUUUGAACAAUGUGGCUGGUGAAUUAGAAAUUCUUACACGCCAAUGCCAAAAUCGACCCUUAUUUGGUGGGUGUUCAUUUUAGGCCCUGCUUGCUACCCCUUUCAUCGUAUUGAUUGAGUGACGUUCACACACACAAGACACACUAGCUGUUUGAGAGGUAACACACCCACACACACCCUACAAUGUUUUGUCUUUCACUUAAAACCUAGGUCCAUAUCUUCCAAGUCCUCUAGAUGGCGCCAUUGUCAAAUAAACAGGUCUGAUUUGACCUUUAGUUUGAGAGGACUAAGUGGAUGCACCUCUUUUCAUCACAAGCACCAGCUGUGUGCGUUUGAGCGUGUGUGUGUUUGCGCGUGUGUGCAGUGCACGUCUAUGUGUAUGCAAGUAUACUGUGUCAUAACACCCCAGACACCACCCCCUAGUAACCCUGGUACACCUCUCCCACCACGUUAGAUCGUCGACCCCCACAUGCCCCGGGUGGGGUGCCAGCACAACGGGGUGUCUAUCCCCAUGCCCCCCCUCAACGUCCUCCGGGUCGGAGAACGGAUGCAGUACAAGAACGAAGGAAAACUCUUCCUCGUCCUAUUCUUCGACAACAAACGCAGCUGGUGAGACACAUCUUCUCUGUUCUUCUCCAAUACUAAAUGCUAUGAAAUUGACUUUUUGUUGUUGUUGCUAGCAACAUACAUGGAUACACCAUUUUACUAUCCACAUUUGCAAUAUUAAGUGUUAUUUCAAUACAUGCCAUUUUCAUACACAACCAACAGACAACACAGAUAACUCAAAUUUGUAUUAGAAGUGUUACAUUUUUGCAGAUUUGUAUCAGAAGAAAUGUAACUGUGAAUUUGAUUUAAUUCUUCUCUCUUCUCAGGCAAUGGCUUCCUAAGUCUAAGAUGGUCCCUCUGGGGAUAGACAAGACCAUCGACAAGAUCAAGAUGAUGGAGGGCAGAACGUCCAGCAUCCGUAAGGCUGUUCAGACGGCCUUCAAACGUGCCAUGAACCACCUUAGCAUCGUCCAGGACGAACCUGUCAGCGACAUGAGCGAUGUGGACUAA